UUUAUCUCAAAGACUAGAAAAAUGAAAUUCUUCAAUAUUCUCCUCCUCCCCCUCGUCUUCCUCUCCCCUACCUUUCAUAUCUGUAAUCACCAAGCGAGCGCCUUGCCACUCUCUACUGAUGGCCGGUGGAUCAUCAAUGAGGCUGGUCGAAGGGUUAAGCUGGCUUGCGUCAACUGGCCAGGCCAUGUUGAUACUAUGGUGAUAGAAGGACUCAACAAACAACCUGUGGAUGCAAUCACUGCAAAGAUUAGCUCUUUAGGAUUCAACUGUGUUAGGCUCACCUAUGCUAGUUACAUGCUCACAAAUGAGACUAGCAACAACAUCACAGUCAGGGAUUCUCUUCACAGCAAUGGUCUUAAUGAAUCAGUGGCAUCCAUUAGUGUUCAUAACCCAGAGAUCAUUGACCUCCUACUCAUUGACACAUUCAAGGCUGUGGUUGAUAGCUUAGCAAGGAACAAUGUAAUGGUAAUAUUAGACAACCAUAUUAGCAAGCCAGAAUGGUGUUGUGGAAGAGAAGAUGGCAAUGGAUUCUUUGGAGAUUUGUAUUUCAACCCUGAUGAAUGGAUUAAAGGGUUGACAAAGAUGGCAAUGACGUUCAAUGGUGUCACUAAUGUCAUUGGCAUGAGCUUAAGGAAUGAGCUCAGAGGUCCUCGAGAAAACACUAUCGACUGGUUCAAAUACAUGCAGAGAGGAGCAGAGGCAGUGCAUGAAGCAAACAAGAAUGUUAUUGUUAUAAUGUCAGGACUAAACUUUGACACUGAUCUGACAUUUCUAAUUAACCAGACAGUGAAUCUAAGCUUUCAAGGAAAGCAUGCAUUUGAGGUUCAUUGGUAUAGCUUCAGCAAUCCUGGAGAAUGGAAUUCUGGCAACCCAAACCAAGUAUGUAAACAUAUAGCAGGCAAUGUAAUGCGAAAAGCCGGUUUCCUACUAGGCCAAGGCUUUCCCUUGUUUAUGAGUGAGUUUGGUAUUGAUCAGCGGGGACUGAACAUUGAGGAUAACAGAUAUUUGCCUUGUGUUUUAUCGAUCCUCGCCAAACUUGAUAUGGACUGGGCUCUAUGGACAUUGCAAGGAAGCUACUACACAAGGCAAGGCCAAAUUGGCACUGAUGAGACUUACUCAGUAUUAUCCUAUGAUUGGAUUAGUGUUAGGAAUCAAACCUUCUUGACACUACUUUCAUCACUUCAGUCUCCAUUGAGAGGACCUGGAAUUGAGGAGGUUACACGGUACAAAAUGAUAUACCACCCAUUGACAGGAAAGUGUGUGUUGAGUGCCAAUGUUGGAAAUCCAGUGAUGUUGGGGCCUUGCAAUAAAACGGAAGCAUGGUUUUACAAUGAAGUAGAGUUGGCAUUAAUGAAAGGAUCAUUAACUUUUUGCAUUGAAGCUUAUGGAGAUGGACAAGCAGCAAAACUUGGGAUCAUUUGUGGAGGACCUAGUUCAAAAUGGAGCAUGAUUUCUUCUUCAAUGAUGCAGCUUUCUUCCCAGCUGGUGACUUCUGGUAACAAUACUUUGUGCUUGGAUGUUGGAUCUGAUGGCCGAACUCUUGUAACAAAUCAAUGUUUAUGCUUGGAUGGGAGCCCUAAGUGUGAUCCUGAGUCUCAAUGGUUUAAGCUGGUCACUAGCACAAGGAAAACCAUUAGCAUGAAUAGUUAGUUUCAUGGAGAAAACGCAUUGGUUUUGGCAAAGAAGGGAACACAGUUUUUUAUCUUUUCAUUUUAAUUUAAUGCGAUUUCUACAAGAAUGACUAAGUGGUUUAAGUGGGUUGCCAAAGUUGUCUUUGAAAGCUUAUUAUUUUUGGCACAUUUGGCCAUUAUUAUUUUUGGCACAUUUGGCCAAGUUCAUCUCAUACAAGGCAACAUAUGCAAUUUUAA